AUGCGAAAGACCGAGUGUCCAUGGCCCGACUUUUUCGGAGGUCUGGACAAGGGCGGCGUACAUCACUACCUAUUCUACAGCCAACAUGGCGAUGAGAAGUUUCUCGGGCCUUUCUCCGGCGAACCUGCCUUUGUUGCGGGCCUUGUCAGUAACUAUAGAGCCUCGGUCGACCGCAAUAAUCACCCAGACUACAAAGCUCGCUUUUACGAAACAUAUCUCGCUGACGUCCUUCAAGGUCACCGACCAACAUUGACGCAUGGGGAUGUUCAGCAGAAGAACAUUGUGGUUGUGGAGAAUGCAAGUCCAAACGAUCAAGGUGGACGAUCAUUUGACAUCGUACUGGUCGAUUGGGAGAAUUCCGGUUGGUUUCCUGAUUUCUGGGAAUUCUUUUGUGCAUCUUACCCCCUUUAUUUCCAGUGGGACGAAGACUGGUCCUGGCGGGUCCAGGAGUUUGUUCAAGUAUGGCCCGCCGAGAUGGCCAUAAUGCAACUGAUUGACAGGGAUCUAGGCUGGUGA